AAGAGGGGGUUCUCUCUUCUCUACCGCAAUUGUCGCACAAGGCGGUGUCAAUUAAGUAAACACACAACAAAAAAAAGUCUACAUUCUUCUUCUUCUGAGUGAACCAGAACCAGACCCGACCCGACCGGAAUUCCUUAUGGGAUGCGUCAGCUCCAAGCAGGCGGUCUCCGUCACGCCUGCCAUCGACCACUCCGGGGCCUUCCGCCCCAAUGCCGCCGACUUUUCCGACACCAACAACAAGAACAACGAGAGGACUGACUCGUCUGUUCUGACUCGGAGUGAGUUGGGCGAGUCAGGUAGGACCAGUUCUACUGCCUGCGAAUCCCUCAGCUUCAGGCUCGGAAACCUCCACAAGUACGUCGAGGGAGAGCACGUCGCCGCCGGUUGGCCUGCCUGGCUAAGCGCCGUCGCCGGAGAAGCCAUCCACGGCUGGAUUCCCCUCCGCGCCGACGCAUUCGAGAAACUCGAGAAGAUUGGUCAGGGUACUUAUAGCAGCGUGUUCAGGGCGAGGGAGCUUGAGACGGGGAAGAUAGUGGCGUUAAAGAAGGUCCGGUUCGACAAUUUCGAGCCGGAGAGUGUUCGGUUUAUGGCGCGGGAGAUAACCAUUCUGAGGAGGCUUCAUCAUCCCAACAUCAUAAAGCUGCAGGGCUUGAUCACUUCCAGGUUAUCAUGCAGCAUAUACCUUGUUUUUGAGUACAUGGAGCAUGACAUCACGGGCCUCUUGUCAAGUCCUCAGGUCAAAUUUACCGAACCUCAGAUUAAGUGCUAUAUGAAGCAGUUGUUGUCUGGUCUCCAGCAUUGCCAUUCCAGGGGUGUCAUGCACCGGGAUAUCAAGGGAUCCAAUCUUCUGGUGAAUAAUGAAGGGAUACUCAAGGUGGCUGAUUUUGGAUUGGCCAACUUCUCCAGUUCUGCCUACAGGCAUCCCCUCACCAGUCGAGUUGUCACUUUGUGGUAUCGGCCGCCGGAGCUUUUGCUGGGUUCAACGGAUUAUGGCCCUUCUGUUGAUCUCUGGAGUGUUGGCUGCGUUUUCGCUGAGCUACUUGUUGGGAAACCUAUACUUCAGGGGAGAACAGAGGUUGAACAAUUGCACAAAAUCUUCAAGCUUUGUGGCUCCCCGCCUGAUGAAUACUGGAAAAAGACCAGACUUCCUCAUGCGACUUUGUUUAAGCCACAACAAGCAUAUGAUAGUUGCCUCCGACAGUCCUUUAAAGAUUUGCCUUCUUCCAGUGUAAAUCUGCUGCAAACUCUUCUUUCCGUUGAACCAUACAAGCGUGGGACUGCCGCAUCUGCUCUCUCAUCAGAGUAUUUCAAAACAAAACCUCAUGCAUGUGAGCCAUCAAGCUUGCCGACGUACCCGCCUAGCAAGGAAAUUGAUGCAAAACACAGAGAGGAGUCAAGGAAAAAGGUCACUGGACGAGCUCGUGGAACUGAAAAAAGAAAGCCAUCAAGAAAGUCCCUUGGAUUCAAUAAACUAACUCCAGCAGAGGAUUUGGCAAGUCAAACUCAAGCUUCCCAAAAGGUCAAUGGUAGAUCUGUUUCCAUCCUUCAAGAACAAAAGGCUAACACAGGUGAGGAGGAACAAAAGCCAGCUAGUGGUAAACUUGAAGAUGCUUCCCAUAUGAAGAAUUCAUCUCAAGAAGAUAUUCCCUUUUCUGGGCCAUUACAAGUUUCAUCAUCAAGUGGCUUUGCAUGGGCAAAAAGUCGUAAAGAUGACACUUCAAUUCGAUCCCACUGUCGAACUAUUUCGAGAGGACAUAUUUUCAACCUGUCAGAAACUUCUACACUAAAAUCAAGGAAUAAUUUGGAUAACAGAAACCAGGAAAGUAAGGAGUCUUCUGGGAGGCGCACCAACUCUAGGGGCAGCGACCUACUUGACUUAUCUAAGAUUUCAAUGCAGAAUCCGUGGAAUAGGUUUGAUCGCCCAGAUUCAUUUGAUGCUUCCGAUGAGUACCAUUCGCAAGAACUAUCUAUGGCACUUUAUCAUAGAGAAGAUUCAGCAUCGAAGAGAAGUAAUCUGAGUUUUCAGGAUCAAGGAGAGAAGGUUGAAUAUUCCGGACCCCUUCUAUCUCAGAUGCACACAGUUGAUGAGCUCUUAGAAAAACAUGAGCGUCAUAUCCGACGCACAGUUCGAAGAUCAUGGUUUCAAAGAGCUAAGAAGCAUGGGAAGUAAAUGCAAAGUUAGAUAUAAAGAAGGCAAUCUCCAAUCCUCCAACUGCACUGCUAAAAGCAGCAAAUGAACAACAAAAUCGUUCUAACUCGGAGUAUUUAGCUCCAUGAUUUGUUACCAGGAAGCUGGGAGACUCUAACAAAUUGAGGAACAUGGCAUUUUCAAAUCAACUUAAAACAUCCGAUUUUUGGUCAUUUUAUUCAUUUAGUUUAGGUUAUAGAUGAAAAUUUUCUGUAUGAUUUAAGUUCUUCUCCCUUCUUAUAAUUAGCCAUUGUUAAUUGUUAUCUAAUUUCAAGUCUUGUCUGGCAUUUGUAUAUAUUUCAGUUGCCGUGACUGGCUUGAGGUUCUGAUGUAGCCAUUUUUGGCUCCAAAAUGAAUCAGAUAUAGUAAUUUCAUUAUCUGGGAACUCCUAGUGAGCAAGGAUACAUAAUUCUACUAAUAUCCUAAUAUAUAUUGGAAACUGCUGUUUUCUCAUGUUUUUAGGAUUGCCAUUUUAGAUGAUUUAAAUGAAAAAGUUGAAGAUAACCAAAAUUUCACGCGAAAGAUUAUAACUUGUAAGAUCUUAACUAGCUUGAGCUUAAAUUUGACCUACAUGCAGGAUAAACCGCAACUCGAUUGUCGAUCUAUUUCAGUUAUUUCAGUUGAUGACACGAGACAAUAUUGAAAUAGGAAUAUUUUAUAAAUAACAUAUACCAUUUAAUCACUACAUACUACAAAGUGUUCGGUAGGUUUGUUACCGAACGGUUUAGAGCUGCUUGUUGGGUGUGAAGGUGGGUCCCAGCCUAGACCUGGAUCCUGAGAAGCGUGAGCAGCUGACUUUCCGAGCACUCCUGGAGUUGAAGGGGGUGCCACCUGCAAGGACAUUCCGACGCUCAAGUCAGUGGGUGUGGAAGUGGCGGAGAAGUGGGUCCCUCAUGGGCAGACCCACCUUCCGCGAAAUUUCCCCUGCCAGCUGUUGUCAGGUGAGUUAGCUCCCAGGAGGAAAGGCAUUCGGAUCGAUGCCCAGGCGCGUGGUGCCCCACUGAGCAGUCGCCCGGAUCCGGCAAAGGAGCGUGCCGAUCGGGUCGGCCACGCGGCCAGAUGGGCUGUGCCACAACACAAAGUAUAUAGACGUAUGCUUUUAUAAUAAUGUGUUUCAGCU